GGGAGAAAAAGUGACGCAGAUGUUCAAGAAUGAAAAAGAUUCCGUGCUGUGAUAACACCAGUAUUCCACAAAUAAUGUAAAAUAAUUCCAGGGGAGGAACUGGGGUCUUCAAUAGUUGCUUGAUUCUUUUGUAGUACAAUCUUUGUUGGAUUCUAUUCCCUUCACUUAUCUCUUUCUCUUUCCUUUUUAUUUUUUUCUUCUUAUGCUUUUCUCUUUGGUUUUUUCCCUCAUUUUGCGCUUUUUGAUCUUUGCGACUAGCCAUAAUGCAAGCUCCUCAACCAUCACUCACUGAUGAAGCUCCCGAGAUUUCCCAUCAGGGUGUCCCACUGCGAAACAAAGAGGUUUCAGAUAGUGGACCCAAUGGUAGGCGCCCUGAUAUUUCACUUCAAGUUCCUCCUAGACCUAUAGGGUUUGGGAGCACUAGUGGUGGGAGGGUUCUGGACCAUUCUCAAAGUUUCACCAAAGGGAUAUCAUCAUCAAGAGGCUUCUUGCGGGCCUUGAGCUUCAAAAGAAAAGGAAAUGUAGGGGAUGGGGAAAGAAGCAGCCUACUUAGUUCAGACCCCAAGACAGCUUCAGACAGUUCUAAUAUGGCCUCCAUAUCUGAAAUUGCAUGGAAAAGAUGCACUUCUCUUCCUGUUACACCAGCAUCAAAUCUGUCUCCUUCAGUUGCUACACCCAUUUCAGCAAGGACAUAUAAUGAACAAAUUAAGCCACAUAAAGAUGUUGAUCGUUCUAAGGUUUCAAGGUCCCUUUCUGUACCUGGACGAAAUGUUGUUAUUGUAAGAUCUGUCUCUUUUUCUACCCGUACUGAACAAGAGCAACAAGAUUCAAAUGAUGAUCAAAUAACUCCGGUGCCAGUAGAAGUUACUGCCGAUGAAGAAAUUCCUGAAGAGGAAGCAGUGUGCAGGAUAUGUUUUGAUGUGUGUGAUGAAAGGAAUACCUUUAAAAUGGAAUGCAGUUGCAAAGGUGACCUGAGAUUGGUGCAUGAAGAAUGUUUAAUUAAAUGGUUUAGCAACAAAAGCGACAAGAAAUGUGAUGUAUGUAGGCAAGAGGUUCAGAAUUUACCUGUAACUUUGCUUCGUGUGACAAGCUCUGUUCAACGACAAAACAGACAGAUGCAAGGCCAGCAGAGUCUGCAUCCAGAGUCAAUAAGUGCAUGGCAAGACUUUGUGGUGCUUGUCCUGAUCAGCACAAUAUGCUACUUUUUCUUCCUUGAACAGCUACUGCUUCCUGAAUUGAAGACUCAAGCUAUAAUUAUUGCAGCACCAUUUGCCUUUACCUUGGGCCUCCUAGCUUCUAUUUUUGCAGUCAUCCUGGGUAACCUUUCUUUUUGGUUUUUUCGUGACGAAAUGAUAUAUUGUUCGAAUUUUAAUUUCAUAUAUGUAUUUGUGUUGUGUGCAGCAAUUAAGGAGUACAUAUGGACAUAUGCUGCUCUCGAGUUUGCCCUUGUGGCUUUAACUGUGCAUCUGUUUUAUACAAUGCUGCAUUUGAUGGCCAUAUAUGCCAUACUUCUUUCAUCAGUUUUGGGUUUUGGAAUUGCUAUGGCCAUCAACUACGCAUAUAUCCAGUUUGUCACUUGGAGGCUUCAAGUCUCUCAUGAUGAUAACCCAGUAUGAAUCUCAUCACGACAGAAACACCUUCAUGGAUUUUUUUUUUCUCUGUAUUUACUGACCAGAUUGUCUGUCACAAUGUUUAUUAUGAACCUUUUGUUUGUCAAUCAAUACCACGACCAUGUAGUAUAUUUUUUUCCAAAUAAAUAUCAUGAAAAUGUAUAAUCCA